AUGGACGAGAAGAAAGAUAAACCCAUUUCUGGCAAAGGGCAGGAUUUCCAUGAACGAAGCCACAUGGUGGAGGAAGCGUAUAAGUGCUUGGAGUGUGGAAUGAACUUCUCAGAUGAAAACCAAUAUGAUAUCCAUUUGCAAAUGCACAGUGGAAAGAAGACCCAUCAAUGCUUGGAGUGUGGCAAGAGCUUCCUUCAUAGAGCAGAACUCCUUAGGCAUCAAAGAACACACAAAGGUGAGAAACCACAUAAGUGCUUUCGGUGUGGAAAGAACUUCAGAUACAGAUCAAAGCUCCUUGUGCACCAAAAAAUACACACAGGGGAGAAACAUUUUCAGUGCUCCGAGUGUGGAAAGAACUUCAGUCACAGUGGCACUCUUCAACAGCAUCAAAGAACCCACACUGGGGAGAACCCUUUUGUAUGCUCUGAGUGUGGAAAGAGAUUCACUCAAAAUGGGCCCCUUCAAAGACAUCGAAGAACCCACACAGGGGAGAAACCUUUUGCAUGCUCAGAGUGUGGAAAGAGAUUCAGUCAGAGUGGCAAGCUUCAAAUGCAUCAAAGAUCCCACACAGGGGAGAAACCUUUUGAAUGCUCUGAGUGUGGAAAGAGAUUCACUCAAAAUGGGCCCCUUCAAAGACAUCGAAGAACCCACACAGGGGAGAAACCUUUUACAUGCUCUGAGUGUGGAAAGAGAUUCAGUCAGAGUAGCAAUCUUCAAAGACAUCGAAGAACCCACACACGGGAGAAACCUUUUGCAUGCUCAGAGUGUGGAAAGAGAUUCAGUCAGAGUGGCAAGCUUCAAAGACAUCGAAGAACCCACACAGGGGAGAAACCUUUUGCAUGCUCAGAGUGUGGAAAGAGAUUCAGUCAGAGUGGCAAGCUUCAAAUGCAUCAAAGAUCCCACACAGGGGAGAAACCUUUUGAAUGCUCAGAGUGUGGAAAGAGAUUCAGUCAAAAUGGGCCCCUUCAAAGACAUCGAAGAACCCACACACGGGAGAAACCUUUUGCAUGCUCAGAGUGUGGAAAGAGAUUCAGUGUCAGUGGCAAUCUUAAACAGCAUCAAAGAACCCACACAGGGGAGAAACCUUUUGCAUGCUCAGAGUGUGGAAAGAGAUUCAGUCAGAGUGGCAGUCUUAAACAGCAUCAAAGAACCCACACAGGGGAGAAAGCUUUUGCAUGCUCAGAGUGUGGAAAGAGAUUCAGUCAGAGUGGCAAUCUUCAAAGCCAUCGAAGAACCCACACAGGGGACAAACCUUUUGCAUGCUCAGAGUGUGGAAAGAAAUUCAGUCAGAGUGGCAGUCUUAAACAGCAUCAAAGAACCCACACAGGGGAGAAAGCUUUUGAAUGCUCAGAGUGUGGAAAGAGAUUCAGUCUCAGUGGCAAUCUUAAAAAGCAUCAGAGAACCCACAUAGGGGAGAAACCUUUUGCCUGCUCAGAGUGUGGAAAGAAAUUCCAUUUCAAUGGCAAACUUCUACAGCAUUUAAGAACCCACACAGGGGAGAAACCUUUUGAAUGCUCAGAGUGUGGAAAGAGAUUCAGUCUCAGUGGCAAUCUUAAAAAGCAUCAGAGAACCCACAUAGGGGAGAAACCUUUUGCCUGCUCAGAGUGUGGAAAGAAAUUCCAUUUCAAUGGCAAACUUCUACAGCAUUUAACAACCCACACAGGGGAGAAACCUUUUGAAUGCUCAGAGUGUGGAAAGAGAUUUCGUUUUAGUGGUGAUCUUCGAAAGCAUUUAAGAACCCACACAGGGGAGAAACCUUUUGCAUGCUCAGAG